AUGUCAAGGAAUCACCCCGGUUACCGUGAAUACGCUACACUUGAGCUUAAAGAACCUAUGGGGGAAAUGUUCAUUAACCAGUCCAGCAUGAGAAUUAGAAGAAACUCAGCAUCCGCAGCAGACCUUCAUGAAACUUCUGUUGACUUCUCAAUGUCCGAUCUCCACCCUGUGGCCAGCUCGGGUCGAGCUCGGUCUCCGGGUCCUUUACCUUCAACUUCCAAUCAAUGUGUGGCCCCGCGCGAGCAGUUUGACCGAGACUACCCUCUCAAGCCGCGCCAUCCUACAGCGAAGUACUCGCUUGAUCGGCCUCUCAGCAUGACUGUGAUGGACGAGCAUCCCCACAUGCUGCGUAAAGAAAGACCUAACCAGUUCAAGGGCCCCCAUCAACUUCUGGGGGAUUUGACAAUAUUCGCGCUAGAGGCCGAUCAUCCCGACACGCCGACAGAGGAGGCCACGACCUUGCUCCAAUGGCCUUACCCCACGAGUCUGACGAUAGUUGCGAUACGUACCCCGACAGGCACCGCCGGCCUCGCCGCAGACAUCGCUGCGAGAGUGAUAGGCACGGCGGUGAUCGAUCCCUGGAACAGAAAGCACUUGAUGUGA